AUGGCACUGAUUGGGGCUCACAAAAUUCAUAGACACCCUCACGACUCGGAAAAACAGUCACGAGAGGAAUUUGAGUGGGUGAAAAUACACAGAGAGAAUAAGAAAGUCGAUGAGUUCCGGUGGUUGUACGAGGGUCAAGUGUUCCAGAGGAAGUCCCACGGCUUCGGAGUCCUUUCAAAAGUCUUCAGAACUGGGGAAAUCGAGAAAAUUUACGCCGGGGGGUGGGUGGAGGGUAAGAAGCAGGGUUUCGGUGCUUUCUGGUACUCGAACGGAGAUUUUUAUGAGGGAGAGUUCUGCAGGGGUAGAAGACACGGUUUCGGGAGACUAUGGGGGUCUGACGGAAGCUUCUAUCAAGGACAAUGGAGAGAUGAACGUUGCGACGGUCCUGGCAUGUUGAUACAGGCUGAUGGCAAUCGCUACGAGGGCAACUUCUCGAAAGGGAAAAAGGAGGGCCUCGGGAGAUUCUACCAUCUGAGGCGAGGGCUCCUCCAGGAAGGCCUCUGGAGCUCUGAUGUCUGCAAGAGAAGUACCAUGAGGGACAUCUCCAGAGAUUUAGCACCAGAACCUACGAUAUACCCAAUCCCAGGGCUGGUAAUCGAGUGUCAUAUUGUCACACAUAUUUUAUUUAUAAAAUUAUAGAUUGGGUUAAAAAAAUGAAGUUUUCGUUCCUUUGGCUCUUUUUAUUUAAAUUUUUUAUAAUUCUUUCUGUAAUACAAAUUUUUGUGAAUUUUCCAGGGCAAAUACACCUCCAGAGUCUCCCUGGUCGCCCAAAUUGAUUGAAAUACUGCUUCUCUAAAAAAAAUCUACCAAUAAAUCACCCAAUAAUGUCCCCAAAACAUGCAAUUCCUAUUCAAUCAAUUUUCACAUUAGUCAUCUCUCCGUUAAGUCACGACGCUCUAAGGGAAUGUAUUCGCAUUAUUUACACUAAAAUUUUCUCGUUCUGUAAUAAUUAGGUAAAAACGAGCUACCUAAAUCAAUUGAAUCACGAAGUAAAAAUCUGACAGAAAGAAAAAAAUAUAAUUUAGUUGCCUGAAUUUGAGAUUCGCCAUUCCAAUAAAUAGAAGUUGAAUCCGAUACCUACGAGAUUCAAUGAAAACCCAUCGAAAACAAAAAAAAAA